UUGCGCUGCUGCGCACCCACGGCAUCAUUUGGCAUUUUGACUCGGAACACGCACGAUGAUGUCUCUGUACGUGAUGGCCAAGACGAUUCGCGCCGAGAACAAAGAGAUGCACGAGGCCGAACUGCCCCGGGACCACCGCAGCCACUGCCUCAACUGCCGAAAACAGUUCAACCUCCUGCGGCGAAAAGUGAAAUGCACCACGUGCGGCGAAGGGUUUUGCAAAGACUGCACCGAAGUUGUUUUAUCCGACGACGACAAGCGCACAUGCCACUACUGCUUCAACUCGUUCUACAAGCACAGCAUGAACACAGACUGCAGCUUGCCCACGCCGACCCACGGCGACGGCUCGAGCAACGUCGACAACCUCUCGAUGACGGUCGAGUCGUUUUACAAGACGUACUAUGCCACACUGCAGAAACCAACGUCGUUGUCGGCGCAGGACACGGACACCGCGACCGAUUCCGACCGGAACAGCGACGACUCGGACGAUCGGCGAUCGUCCAUCCCCAUCUUGUGACUCGCCAACUUAAGUUAACACACACGUAUUUAUUUCGUCAUGC